UGCCUUUACAAAGGAAACAUUACACACCCCAUUUGAUUUGAUAUUUAGUAUAACCUCUCUCUCUCUCUCUCUCUCGUGAGCUCACAGUGACAAAUUAGUUUUCGUCCUUGUAGAGUGCAAAAUCUAACAGUCUUCCAUGGCAAAUUUUUCGAGACGUACGGUGUUUCAGAAGUAGUGUUUCUCUGGCCUACCUAGCUAACCAGCCAGCAAGCAAGCCAUUUUCCAUAACUUGUAAAACUAUUCUACUCAACAAUGGCCUCUCUCAGACUCCUACAACAUAUGCUGCCAUCAAUAUUGAUAUUGGCUUCUCUGCAAGCCUGCAUGGGAGACACAACCGUCCCUGCCCAACUCAACAACGACGUCUUAGGCCUGCUUGUCUUCAAAUCCGACCUCCACGACCCUUCCUCCUAUCUCGCUUCGUGGAACGAAGAUGAUGAUUCCCCAUGUUCUUGGGACUUUGUACAGUGCAAUCCAGCCACUGGAAGGGUCUCUCAGCUGUCCCUUGAAGGCUUAGGCUUAUUGGGAAGAAUUGGUAAGGGGCUUCAAAACUUGCAGCAUUUGAAAGUCUUGUCUUUGUCCAACAACAAUUUCAGUGGUGACGUUAGCACAGAGAAGCUUGCUCUGCCUCCCAAUCUUGAAAGCCUUAAUUUGAGCCGCAACAGUCUCUCAGGUCUCCUUCCCACUGCUCUUGUCAACAUGAGUUCCAUAAAGUUUCUUGAUCUUUCUGAGAAUUCACUCUCAGGACCCCUCCCUGAUGAUCUGUUUGAUAACUGUUUUUCGCUUCGGUACCUCUCCUUAUCUGGAAAUUUGCUUCAAGGACCUUUGCCUAGUACACUGCCUAGAUGUUCUGUUUUGAAUGGCCUCAAUCUCUCCAAUAACCAUUUCUCCGGUAACCCGGAUUUCGCUUCUGGGAUUUGGUCUUUGAAGAGAUUGCGUACUUUAGAUUUUUCAAACAAUGCUUUUUCUGGGUCUGCGCCACAAGGGAUAUCAGCCUUACACAACUUGAAAGUGCUUCUAUUGCAGGGCAAUGACUUCUCUGGGCCAGUCCCUGCUGAUAUAGGACUAUGUCCCCACUUGGGUAGGGUUGAUCUCAGCUAUAAUCUUUUCACUGGUGCAUUACCAGACUCACUUCAGAGGUUAAAUUCUUUGACAUUUUUCAGUCUGUCUGAUAACAUGUUUACUGGUGAUUUUCCUCAAUGGAUUGGUAACAUGAGCAGCCUCAAGUAUUUGGACUUCUCAAACAAUGGCUUCACAGGCAGCCUCCCAGCCUCAAUAGGUGACCUGAAAUCACUCAGUUAUUUGAGUUUGUCCAACAACAAACUUGUUGGUGCCAUUCCAUUGUCUCUUGCUUACUGCAAUGAGUUGUCCGUGAUUCGGUUGAGGGAUAACAGCUUCAGUGGAAGCAUACCAGAGGGUUUGUUUGAUCUGGGGUUGGAAGAAAUACACUUUUCCCAAAUGGGACUUACAGGUUCUAUUCCACCGGGUUCGAGUAGACUGUUUGAAUCUUUGAAGAUGUUGGAUCUGUCAAGGAACAAUCUCAAGGGAAAUAUUCCAGCAGAAGUGGGACUUUUCUCCAACUUGAGGUACUUGAAUUUGUCAUGGAACAAUCUUCAGUCAAGGAUGCCUCCAGAGCUUGGCUUCUUUCAGAACCUAACAGUGCUAGAUCUUCGAAACAGUGCCUUAUUCGGCUCAAUCCCAGGGGAUAUAUGUGAUUCAGGAAGUUUGGGAAUUCUCCAAUUGGACGGAAAUUCAUUGAAUGGCCCCAUUCCUAAUGAGAUUGGGAACUGCUCAUCUCUCUAUUUGAUGAGCUUAUCCCACAACAAUUUAAGUGGUCUUAUUCCUAAAUCCAUUUCAAAGUUAAACAAGCUCAAGAUUCUUAAAUUAGAGUACAAUGAGUUGAGUGGAGAGAUACCACAAGAGCUUGGAAGACUGGAAAAUCUUCUUGCUGUUAACAUAUCUUAUAACAGGUUAGUAGGGAGGCUUCCUGUUGGGAGUGUAUUUCAGAGCUUGGAUCAAACUGCUUUGCAAGGAAAUUUGGGUAUUUGUUCACCAUUGUUAAAGGGGCCAUGUACAAUGAAUGUACCAAAACCCCUUGUUCUUGAUCCAAAUGCCUACAACAACCAAAUGGGUGGUCAUAGACACCGUGAUGAAUCUCCAAUGUCAACAACAGACCGUCACCACAUGUUCCUGAGCAUAUCUGCUAUUGUGGCAAUUUCAGCUGCUACACUGAUUGUUGUUGGUGUAAUUAUUAUUAGCCUUCUAAAUGUAUCUGCAAGGAGGCGGCCUGCAUUUGUGGAAACUGCCUUGGAAAGCAUGUGUUCAAGCUCUUCGCGAUCCAGUAGUUUGGCCUCAGGGAAGCUCAUUCUAUUUGACUCAAGGUCAUCCCCGGAAUGGAUUAGCAGUCCGGAAUCACUACUUAACAAGGCCUCAGAGAUCGGUGAGGGAGUCUUUGGAACAGUUUACAAAAUCCCACUUGGAGUUCAGGGAAGAGUAGUAGCAAUCAAAAAGCUGGUCACAUCAAAUAUAAUCCAAUGCCUUGAAGAUUUUGACAGAGAGGUUAGAAUUCUGGGAAAAGCAAGGCAUCCAAAUCUAAUAGCCCUGAAAGGAUACUAUUGGACUCCACAGAUGCAGCUUCUGGUAACAGAGUUUGCCACCAAUGGCAGCCUACAAUCCAAACUCCAUGAAAGGCUUCCUUCGACUCCACCACUUUCAUGGGCUAAUAGAUUCAAAAUUUUGCUUGGCACAGCAAAGGGACUUGCCCACUUGCAUCAUUCGUACCGCCCUCCAAUCAUUCACUACAACAUAAAACCAAGUAACAUCUUGCUUGAUGAGAAUUACAACCCAAAGAUUUCAGAUUUUGCACUGGUAAGGCUUCUAACAAAGAUCGACCAGCACGUAGUGAGUAACAGAUUUCAGACUGCACUGGGUUAUGUGGCACCAGAAUUAGCAUGCCAGAGCUUAAGGGUCAAUGAAAAAUGUGAUGUAUAUGGUUUUGGUGUAUUGAUCCUUGAGCUUGUGACUGGUAGAAGGCCUGUGGAGUAUGGGGAGGACAAUGUUGUAAUAUUGACUGACCAUGUUAGGGUUUUGCUUGAGCAAGGCAAUGUGUUGGGGUGCAUUGAUUUAAGCUUGGGUGAGUAUCCAGAAGAUGAAGUCCUACCAGUGCUCAAGUUGGCCUUGGUUUGCACCUCUCAGAUACCAUCAUGCAGGCCUACCAUGGCAGAAGUGGUUCAAAUUAUGCAGAUUAUCAAGACCCCAAUUCCAUACACAUUGGAGGCUUUCUAAUUUCUAAGUGCAUUUCAAUGUUUGCUUGACUUCAACAACAAAGAGAUUUGCCCUCCAACUUGUAAUUUCUUACUAGUUUCUAUGUGGAUUGACAGGGAACUGCUCUACUUGUUAAUUGUGGUUUUUUCUCACCUACAGUUACCAGAUUUUCCUGCGUGCUAAAUUGAAUAUGAGCAUAUAUUGUGACA